CAGUUCCAAAGUAACAGUGGUCAUCUUAUUUUUUUAUAUCUCCUGCAUUUUGAUACAAAAUAUUAGUAAUUCGUGAAGUGGUAUUACGUGAACAAGAUGAAAAUACGAGCCCACGCACUUCGAGAACGGUGGAAUGCGGCCCGCUAGCAUCGAGUGAUAUGUCGACGCGCAGCAGCGCGACCGCGAUACGAGCGCGGCGCGGGCACAAGGAGCGGUCCAAGAACUUCACCGAGCUCGAGAAGCGUACCGUGCUCGAGCUGAUCGCGCGCCACCGCGACGUGCUGCGGCAGGGGCGCUCCAACAACGCCACCAACCGCAGCAAGCAGCUGGUGUGGUCGACAAUCUGCGAGGAGGUGAACAAACGCUGCGGCGGCGACCGGCCGCGCACUCCCGCGCAGGUCAAGAUGUGGUACGAGAACUACAAGAAGAAGUGCAAGAUGCGCGCUCACGACACACAGCAACCGCCCUCGGAGACGCCCAGCCUGCUCGACGGCAUGCUCUGGCAAAGCAUUCACCCCCUAGAUGUCAAAGACGAGGAGGGUGAGGCGACGACGAGCGUGGAGGGCGCUCACAGCGUGAAAGACGACGACUGUCUGCCCGUCAACAUGUCAAACGGCCGCCUUUCGAACACGAACGACAGCGACGACACGAUGCCAAACGUACUUGAGCCCCAAGUCCAAAUCAUCCCCCAGUCCUCCCCCACCCCGCCCCCCAUCAAACCCCACACGCCCCAAAUUAACCCCCUAAUAAACCACCUCCCCAACCCCCUAAUACUAACUAACCCCCUCCAAGCGAUCGAACAAGCUAGGCUACAACAAAACUUCCUGCAAAAACUAAACGAAUUAUCAAAUACCCCAUUAAAUCUAAGCCAUUUAGACGAAGAAAGAAGAAAAAAUGGCCACGAAAGACAGGACAAGUCUGACGAAAUUAAACACGACUGUGGUACCGCUACAGAAGAAGAAAGGUUAUACUUCAUCGCCAAAAGAGAACACGCGGUCUGGGAGCAUGAAGCCAAAAUGAAGAUUUUAAAUAUGGAACUCAAGCAAAAGGAGGAAAUUUUUUCGUUGCAAAAACAACUCUUUCUCAUCGAGUUAAGGUUGAAAAUGGAUUUCCUUGAAAAGGCCAGCGCUAAGUGACACGUCAAACUAUAACGCUUUGAUUUUUACUCUGUGGUCAUCUGUCAAAGUGACAGAUGUCAAGUCGCUGAUUUUCAAUCUGUGGUCACGCUUAGCUCAAAUGGGCUCAUUAAAAUGUGGUCACUAUGACAAAAGGGUUACAAGUUCGAACCUGCAGCCCUGACGACAAUUUAGCAAAAAAUGUAAAUGUCUUUGUUCCUUUAAGUGGUCACUGGUGGCAAAAACGGUAGAAUCCACAGCCGUGAAAUUAAAAAAGAAGUCCCCUAUUGGGAUGUUGUGUCUCUGUUACGCAGUAGGCGUUAGAAUGAGACAGGUGUAACGUAAAUAGAUAUAAAUAAAAUAAAAACCGCCAUAGUCCAUUUUGUGCCAUCAUCGUAAGUUUAGUUUACAGUUGUUGUUUUUUUAAUAUUCAUUUUAUCGUUUAGAACCUUAGUUGCUAAAGUUUUUAACUCGUUCUGCCCAAUAUUAUGCUCAAAAACAAAUCAUGAACAGAGAAUAUUAAUUUUAAAAGGCAAUUUUUAAAAAAGCCUCUAAAGACAUUUUUUUUAUUGAAAAAAAAUAGUUAUAGCAUUAUUGGGCCUUUUCUUCAUCGUCUUUAAUAUAAUGGAUUCGUAGGUUUAGUUUCGUGUAGGAUAAAUUUUGGUACAAUAAAAAAUGUGACGUAUAUUGGGCGCCAUUUUAUUCAGUGUUGCCAUAGUAAAUUUGCAAAUUGUACCAAAAAUGGGUUUCGCAUUGUGAUGAUAAACUGAUAGGAAUUUAUUUUUGUAACCGUUAUUUUGCAUAGAUUUAUUUUGUACUAUAUUUUUUAGUUUUUAGUACAUAUAAUGUGCUUAAAUUCUUUUUAGCCGCGCAAAUAAUACGCGGAUUUAUUUUUUAUAGUAUUAUAUUUUUUUUUCGAAAUGGCAGCUAUUUACUAACGUCGUGCAAAAUAUAACUGCCAAAUAAAUAGAAUUUCGCGUAUGUAUUGUUAUUUUUUAUGUUGUAGGUACUUAGUGUCUCGUUAAGGGACAUUUAAUGAUAUUUUUUUUCAUUUUAGGGUAGAUUUCCCGAUUUUGGGGAUAACUUUUGACAUUAGUGUCGACUCCUUUGGCAUAACGGUAAUAUAUAAUGUGAAAUGUACUAGUCUAGUAAGAUUUCUAAUAUUUUUAUGAAGUAGUUAUUUUAUUUGCACAAAAAAUACGCACACCAUUGAAAGAUUUUAAAUACUGCUUUACAGAAAUCAUUGAUAAAACUAUGUAGUGGUUAGUCUAUGCGUUUGAUUUAUAUAUCCAUAGAUAUAAAUAUUCGUAACGCAAGAAUGUUUAUUAGUUUAUUUUGGAAGCAGUUUGUUUAGCAUAAAAAUAAUAUAUUUUUAAAUAUUGAGAUUAUUUAUGUAAAACACCAAAAAAUAAAACAAAGGCAUAUAGUCUUUGCAUUAAUUUGUUUUUUUAGAAUUAAACAAAAUACAAUUCAAUAACUACUACAUAAAAAUAAAAAAUUCAAGUCAUCGACGUGCCAAUAACGUGUAACAUUGUUAUGUAAUUAUUAUAUAAUAUAGUUAUUACAUUUAUAAGAAAACAUAGACAAAAUAAAAUUAAUAAAAAAAAUUAAAUACGUAAACGUAGACAAAUACCGAAAUAUGAAAAAUGAAAUUCGACACAGUAUGGAUAUUAAAAAUUAAUGGUUUAAGUAAUUUAUAAAUAAAAUAAAUAAAUAGUAGGACGUGAAAUAAUAUUGCAGUACAAAAGUGUUGUUAGAGAAAAAAAAAUUACCUCAUUCUGACAGUGUAUUGUAAAUAAAAUAUAUAGAUUGUAGUUUGUAAAAGUUUUAGAAACAUUUUUAUAUGGGACUUACACCCUUUUUCUUUUAAUAGUCUCGCCACGAAAUAGUUGCCAGGUUUAUUGAGAAAUCUACUAAAAUGGUAGAUUUUUGCGGAUAGCAACACUGGCGUUUAAAACAGUUUUAUAAUAUUAAUGUGAUGUAUUUAUAAGAUCUCAACAUUUUAUGUAAAUGUUUAUUCACUGAUGAUAUUAAAAUAUGGCAAACGUCUUAUAAUUAAAAAACUGUAUUGAUAUAUUUCGUAUUAAUUUUUAUUUGAUUCAUGUUAUGUUAAUCUGAUUAAAUUGGAUAUUAUUGAUAUUGAAAUAAAGAAUUUAUUUUCUGUUC